AUGAUACGGUCACUAUCAGCCAAGGCUGAGAACGCCCUCGACCUCGCCCGCUUCACUCGGACGAUUAUCCAGAAAGAGCACAGGGUGAAGGCGCCCGGAUGCGCAGAAGUUCGACGACGAACUGACCGAUUGACACGUCAGAGGCCUGAACUGCAGGUCGGCGCGACUCGCAAGGCGCACAGGAGGAAUGGAGGGAAAGGAUGGGCAGAAGGGCGAGAACAGCGAGAAGUUGGAGCAGCGAUGAAGGGGACUUCAUAG